AUGGCAGAGGAGCCCCCGCCGGGGAGUAGGCCGAAGCCGCCCAUGUCGCGCAUCACGCGUCUCUCCCUCAGGGCCGUGGACUACGUCGCCGACGCCACCCGCCGCGCCGACGGCACCAUGAACCGCCGCGUGCUCUCCCUCCUGGACCCGCGCGUCCCGGCCUUCUCCUCCCCGUGCCGCGGCGUCGCCUCCCGCGACGUCGUCAUCGACCCGACCCUCCGCAUUCGCGCCCGCCUCUUCCACCCAGCGAGACCCGCCGGCGACGCCAAGGGAGCGCCUCUCCCCGUGAUCGUCUUCUUCCACGGCGGCGGGUUCGCGUUCCUCUCCGCGGCGUCACUGGCCUACGACGCCGCGUGCCGACGCAUCGCGAGGUACGCCUCCGCGGCCGUGCUCUCCGUCGAUUACCGCCGCGCCCCGGAGCACCGGUUCCCCGCGCCCUACGACGACGGCCUCGCCGCGCUCCGCUUUCUCGACGACCCGAAUAACCACCCGGCGGACGUCCCGCUCCAGACCUCCCGCUGCUACCUCGCCGGGGACAGCGCGGGCGGCAACAUCGCGCACCACGUCGCCAGGCGCUACGCCGCGGACGUACCUGCGUUCAAGAACGUCCGCCUCGCCGGCGUCAUCGCCAUCCAGCCCUUCUUCGGCGGCGAGGAGCGCACGCCCUCCGAGUUCCGCCUUGACGGCGCGCCGAUCGUGUCCGUCUCCCGCACCGACUGGAUGUGGCGCGCGUUCCUCCCGGACGGCGCUGACCGCACUCACGAGGCUGCGUGCUUCACCUCCCCUCGGGCAGCCGCUGGCGUGGACAGCCCGGCGUUCCCGCCGGUGCUGCUCGUCAUCGGCGGCUAUGACCCGCUGCAGGACUGGCAGAGGCGGUACUGCGAGGUGCUGAAGGACAGCGGCAAGGACGUGAGGGUGUUGGAGUACCCGGACGGCAUUCACGCGUUCUUCCUCUUCCCUGGGUUCGAUGACGCGCGCAACCUCAUGACACGCAUCGCCGAGUUCGUCGGCGAGAGCGACGAUGGCGGCAGCGAUUAA